CAACCACUAAUUCUCCUAGAUAUACAAUCAGUUAAUUGAUACUAGACACCAUGGCUAUCUCCAACUCAUACCCAAUCCUAAUUAUUGCCAAUCUCUUCGCAGCAAUGUGUAUUGGGUUCGGCAUCAAUGCGAUCGUGCGUCCUGAACACGGCGUGUCCUUCUUUGAACUUGCUCCACCAACUGCUGGCCCGGAGAAGAUCCUAUUUAACAGUUUAAUGGCCAUCUAUGGAGUGAGAGACGUGUUCAUGGGCUUAGCUAUCUUUGCUGCUGCAUUCACUGGAGAACGAAAGGCGCUGGGAUGGAUCUUGCUCGGUGUGGGUGCCGUGGCCUUUGCGGAUGGCGUCGUUUGCGCAGUUAAUGGUGCGGGAGAGUGGAAUCAUUGGGGUUAUGCUCCCGUAGUCAUGGUUGUGGGACUGAUGGCACUGGGUGUCUUGGAUGGUGGUAAAGCAAAGACGGUUUAGGAUGGGCUAUAUGUUGAGAAUUUUGGGAAAAGGGUUGUAUAUUCAUUUGGAUUGA